CUUGCUGCAGAGAUCCUCUGGAAGGCAAAUGGCCUUCCUAACAGCUGGCUACCACGAUUGCGUCUGACAGAGAAGGCUGACCCCGCGGUUAAUUCGUCGUUCAGGCUUGGUUCCGUAGCCCAGACCUCCGUUGGUCUCGCCGGGUUGGCUGCAGCACAUUAUCACCAUCUGAAUACGCGUGUUGAACAGAAUGUGUCUGUGGAUGCACGACAUGCCGUCCUAGAAUUCAAAAGCGAGCUGUAUUAUGCAGUCGAUGGUCAGUUGGUUGGGUCUGGCCAGCUCUUUGACGAGCUAGCCGGUGUCUAUCGGACGAAGGAUAACAACUUUGUCCGCAUACACACCAAUUUUCCUCACCAUCGUCAGGGCAUCUUGGACAUUCUAGGUUGCAAGCCGACCAAACAGGCGGUCGCAGAGUCCUUGCUCCAGUGGGACUCAUUCGCCUUCGAAGAAGAAGUGGCAUCGAGGAAGAUGGUUGCCACCGCGCUCCGUCGAUUCGAGGAGUGGGAUGCGCACCCUCAAGCCCGUGCGUUGUUUGACGUGCCCCCAGUCGAACUUAUCAGGAUUGGCGACGCACCAAAGCGUGCGUCUAGAGCGUCGCACCGUCGGCCGCUGGAGGGCGUGCGCGUGCUCGAGCUCACACGAGUCCUCGCCGGGCCCGUGGCAGGGCGCACACUCGCAGCUCAUGGCGCCGACGUCCUGUGGAUUACCUCGCCAAACCUGCCUGAUUUGCCAACUGUGGACAUCGACACCUCACGCGGGAAGCGCACCACGCAGCUCGACCUCACGGAGCCCGGGGACCGUAGUGCGCUGCGUGAACUUGUCAAAGAUGCAGACGUAUUUUUGCAGGGCUACCGCCCGGGCGGCCUGGCCGACAAGGAUUUCGGCGUGGCGGACGUCGUGGCGGCGCGGCCUGGGAUCGUAUACGCGAGUCUGAACGCGUACGGGUGGGACGGACCUUGGAAAGACCGACACGGGUUCGACUCUCUCGUGCAGACCGCCACCGGGUUCAACGCGGCCGAAGCUGAGGCCUACGCAGCGUUCACGGGCGACUUUGGCGCGCGCCCGCUGCCCCCGAAGCCGUUCCCCAUGCAGGCUAUCGAUCACGCCGCAGGAUAUCUCCUGGCCUUUGGGAUCAAUGCGGCGCUGUGCAAGACGAUAACGGAGGGUGGCUCGUGGGAAGUGCACGUGUCGCUCGCCGCCGUGGGCCAGUGGAUACGCUCGUUUGGGCAGCUCGAGCCGGGCGUCGCGUUUGGCGAGGGCGCGCCCCUACCUCCGCGCAGUCUGCCCCAGGCUCCUGAGAUACAGGCUAUUACAAUCGAGUUGAAACAGUCAGCCGGAGACAGGGUAGAUGGGGAUGAGCGGAAGGUUAUGAGUGCCGUCAAACACAGUGUGGUGCUGUCUGCCACGCCUGUGCACGAGGGCGAGGCGCCGGUGAGGCUGGAUGCCCAUCUGCCUAGGUGGCUACCUCGGUCGUGAGGAUAGGCUUUGAGAGCUUGUCGGUUAAUACAACCAGGGUCGAUACUGCUUAUCUAUCCUUGAUGAUCAGAUAUACUUAGGGUGUCUUGCAUGUACUGUGGACCCUCAGAUUAUCAGGAUUGGACCGGUUCGAGAACG